CCGUGGGAGACUGCAUUAUAUACUCUGAAAGUCGUGCACAGACCACUUCCCAAUCAAGAAUAUGCGCACGGACCAUUUGGGCGCACAAGGGCGAAAUCCAUAACACGUAAGUUAUGCUCGGUACAUUGACUCCAGCACCGAGUCUCUUCGAAACAGUUACCUCAGAUCGGUAGCAUGGCGCGGUUUGAUGACCUGAUUUCGCAAUCCUACUUAAUCGUUCCAUCCUUCACGUUUGAAUGCGGUACAGAGCUGCAGGAUGUGCCCGUGGCGUACAAGACUUGGGGGAGUCUGAAUGAGGCAAGGGAUAACGUCAUGAUUAUUUGCCACGCAUUUACUGGGAGUGCAGAUGUAGAGGACUGGUGGGGACCCUUAAUGGGUUCAGGAAAAGCCUUCGACCCGAAACGAUUCUUUAUUCUGUGUGCCAAUGUCAUUGGAUCUCCAUACGGUACGGUUUCGCCUAUAUCCACUAACCCGAAGACAGGCAAGCCAUACGGACCGGAAUUUCCUGCGUCGACUAUACGAGAUGAUGUUCGGCUGCACAAACAUGUCCUAGACCAUCUGGGCGUAACAUCUGUCGCAGUAGUCAUUGGAGGAUCCAUGGGGGGCAUGGCUGUCCUCGAAUGGCCCUUGUGCACGCCUCCGAACUACAUUCGUCACGUCAUCCCUCUCGCCACCUCUGCGCGCCACUCUGCAUGGUGCAUUAGCUGGGGGGAGGCCCAGCGCCAGUCUAUUUACAGCGACCCUCACUACGAUGACGGCUACUACGGCUCACAGCCAGCCUCUGGACUCGCGGCAGCACGCAUGGCCGCUUUGCUCACCUACCGUUCUAGGGAUUCCUUCGAGAGCCGUUUUGGGAGGAAGUACCAGCUCACGCAUGACUCACGCCCCCAAUCGCCCGACCCGGUGUCAGCGCACAACGACGGUCAUCGAAACUCACGCAAUGGGGCCCCGUCGCCGCCUCCGAAUAUCUUUUCGGCGCAGAGCUACUUGAGGUACCAGGGGGACAAGUUCACCGCGCGUUUCGAUGCGAAUUGUUACAUCCACAUCACGCGCAAGAUGGAUAUGCAUGAUCUGUCGAGGGGACGGGAGACGCUCGCGAGAGUGCUUUCUACCCUGCCGCCGCGCGCACUGGUGAUUGGAGUCGAAACCGAUGGUCUUUUCACAACGACGGAGCAGCGCGAGAUCGCUGCGCACAUUCCCGAGGCGGAGCUUGUCAUUAUCCCCUCGCCAGAUGGACAUGACGGGUUUCUGCUGGAAUUUGAAGCGAUUAACAGGCACGUGUUGGACUUCUUGAAGAGAGAGUUCCCGGAGGUAUAUGCACUGGAAGUACAUGAGGAGGAAGCGCAGGAUGGAGGAGGCUUCGAGGUGAAGAAAACGAGCCUAUUUGGAGAGGCUGAAGACGAGGUAGAUAUUACAAAGUGGUAGAGAAGAUCUUAGAAAUGUUUUCGGUAUCCUGCCCUCAAUUAUUCUUACUGUUAACAGGUUAUGUG